CUUCGGGGGGCAUAUACACUCUCCAUGACCGUGGUUCGUAGUUUCAAAUUUGCUGCAUCGGUUUAUCCUCUCACGCUUGUUCAGUUUCUAAUCUCUCAAGAUUAUCUCAUCGCUAUAUCAACAGCACUGCCAGUACGAUUCAUCGGAAACCAGGUGGGAUUAAGCAUCAACACCUAACCAAAUAGAACUGGCCAGAAAUGGAGGUGUCAAGAGUUUUCGAAUGGAUCGAUGAACUACUACAUACCUCAGAGACGUCCUAUGCGGAGUUGUUCAACUCUGAGUUUGAAGAAAAAAUGACGGAGUGGAUCAAGGAGCACCCGGUGGUAUGGAAUGGAGGAAUCGGACCGGCAGCUUCAUUCGUGCCGACCCUGACCAGGCUUCUAUUCAAGCACACCAAGGACGUAUAUGCCUACAACCACGUAAUAACUGCAAGGCUGUCACCUAUGGCUGCGAUAGAAGGCAGGAUCGCCUGCUAUCGGCGGGUGGCAUUGGAUGUCCUCAUGGCAACGGCAAGAAAUCUCAACCUUGACGACGACGACCUUAAGGAGGUCAAUCAACUUGCUGCGGAAGAGAGCUACUAUGGUUACGGCAUGGUCUCUGAUAUACUGGUGCUCAAGGCUUUCGGACCGGAUUACCAUGAGGAUUACCAUUGGUAUCUGAUAAAACUGUUGUUUGGAAGCCACCUUCCCCGUAGCAACCUUCGGUCCCGGAUACCUGGAAUGAUAAGGGAAAUGUUGCAGGGGAAGAGGCGUCUUCUGCUUGUUGAAAACCUGCAGGUCCCUGUUCGAAUCGAUGUGCUGUUUCUCAGUACACAACUUAUUCGGCCAGUACACAACUUAUUCUUUAUGCCAAAUGGGUGGGUCAUCUCAACUACUUCCAAGGAUGUCUGCAACCAAAGCAGAGAACAUGGGCUUUCAAGCAGAGAACAUGGGCUUUCAUCUCAUUUUAGAUGGGGUCAGGAAUAUUACCAUACCCUUCCUUUCGAUGAUCUCCGAGGGCAAGAUUGGAUCGUGUUGAUUAAAGAGGCCUUAAAGGAUGCAGCCGGAUCAAUCCAUAGCACGCUGAUCCAUGAGCAACAGGAAGACAAGUUUUGGCUCCACGUAGCUCAGAAGUGCCUGUAUUACGGCAUCCUCUACUGUCCAAUGCAAGGAGCUGCUGCUAGACAUGACAUUACCUCCGGUGAGCUGGUUCGCUGUUGGGUGGCCGAGGACCUGCUUUCUCCAAUAACAACCAUCACUGGUACUCCGCAGAUGACCACCGACAGAAACUACAGGUCUGCGUUAGAAGCAGGAAAAGUUGCAAUUCAAGCCUUGCAAGAAUAUUCGUUGCUGCCAAGCCCGCCGUCAAACACUUGUUCAAGGGAGGAAGCUAGCUCGGGAUGGAGUGAUGCGGUCACUGGAGUCUCAGUGCUAGCAAGGGGUGUUCCCCGACUCAAGGAGGAGGAACUUUUCUAUCAUGAGAAGAUUGACAAACUGAGAUGGGUCUCAUUUAUGAAUGAUGAUGGUAGGCAUGUAAGUUGGGAUUGGAGGGAGAAUUGGCCGGUUGACUGGGACCGGAGCUUUCCAGGGGAAAGGCUUAGCACCCUUAUCCUAAGAGGCUGCUCAAACUUAUUGGGCUUUCCUUUUGAUAGAGUAUUAGACCACCACCUGCAUGUUCUUGAUCUAUCCUAUACACCCAUAAAUUCACUUCCAACAUCUCUCUCACAGCUAUCCAAUCUUCGGUUGUUCUCACUCAGAGGCUGCUCCAAGCUCGAGACCUUGUCUUCACCACAACAUACUUGUGAGAAAGAAACUCGACCUCUUUCCUAUCUAGGAAGCCUCGAAACCCUUGACAUGAGCGGGGUUCCCUUGCUCGAGCUAACCCAACAAGAUUGCAGCAACAAGAGCAAUCUGCACUUCCUUGAUCUGUCAGGUUCGAGAAUCACCAUUCUGCCUUCUGAAUUCUUCUCUGAAAUGUCAAGUCUUGAGGAGCUAAUGCUUGGUAAUUGCAUCCAUCUCAAAGAACUGCCUCCCUCCCUGGCCCAAUUGUCCAAUCUGUUGAUCCUUCAUCUGGAGGGGACUCAGAUUAUUUCUUUUCCAGAGGAUACAUUUGAAGAAAUGCAAAGGCUUCAUACACUCAAGCUCAUCGACAACAUGGCCCUCAUGUCACUCCCAACGUCACUAUCUAAAGCCAAUGGCCUCAGAGAGCUGCAUAUUAAUAAUUGCAAAAGAUUAAGGCUUCAAUUUCUCUGGGAACUAGUACCAGGCCUUGAAGAUCUUUACAUACAAACAUGGGAGGCCUUGGAAGAUAUCAAAAUCCAUGGGCACCCUAAUCUGAGAACCUUCUUAGUCUCUGGACCGUGGAUUAGGUGUCUGUCCUUGCGUGGGUGCAGCAAGCUCAGGAUUGUGAACAUCAGUGACGAUCUUAUAGCCUUGGAGGAUGUUGAUCUUUCUGGAACAGCUAUUGAGGAGGUCCCUCACAGCCUUCCAAAUCUGCCCCAACUCAGGAGACUACUCCUUCUUAAUGUCCCUUGUUUUAAGAGAUUCCCUUGGCAUCGGUUGGUCCGUUUUCCAAAGGUUUUCUGUUUGGAUAACUGUUCAGAUGAUGGUAAUCACCUUUCUCAGAUGUUUCGCCAGAAGGAAACUGACAAUAUUGCUCAAAUCAACAUAAAUGAUUCCAGGAUCUUUCAUAGCUUCAAUGAGGAUGCUGCCAACAAGUUAGUCGAGAAAGGACAAUUUUUUCAGUCUUUUAAUGUCCAGAUAAAACCUUGUAGCGUGAGAGGUAAGGAGCCACGGGACAAACCAUGUACGGUGAUUCAAAGACAAUUACCUUAUCUUGAUGUCAGUUGUUCUGAGGUUGCCACCAUUGUGCCCAUGAUGAAACUUGAGCCAAGAAGGCGCCAUGUUGAGAUAUCUGCGAUGAAUCAGCACCCAAAUGGCUUAAGGAUUCUCCCUGUCACAAACUCACUAUUCAUUACAGACGAUGCUUCUAUCAGAUGUGUCACUGACCUGAAUUGUAAUCUCAUGUCGCUAGAAGUAUGCCAGCUCCAACACUGCCACAAAAUGUCUGUUGUAUUCGGAAUGCUGUCUGAUCGCACGGGGCCAACGGUAUAUGAUGCGGCUACGGAAGGGUCAUCCACAGUGGUUUCAGUAUUUCCAGCCCUGAAGAUAUUGCAGGCCUCCAAUCUAAAUAACCUAGUUUGCUUUUUGGAGACCAACACUUUCGAACCUUUUGAGGUCCAUCACUUGAUCUGGACUCUGAAGCUGAAGCUGCUAAAACGCAUUCACCUUGAGCACUGCCCUCGUCUGGAGAAAAUUUUCCCAUCCCGUUUGUCAUUACCUGCACUGGAAACUCUGGUCAUUCUCUUCUGCCCCAGCCUCAAGACAAUUUUCUACAAAACACAUGAAGAUGCACCUUGUCCACUUCCGAAUAUCGAAAGCAUCUACCUUCAGGAGCUACCACAACUGCAGCACAUCCAUGAGGAUGCCAUGUUCCGUUUCGCAACACCAAAGUGGGAGACUCUCUUGGUCCGCAGCUGCCGAUCACUUCGUCGCCUCCCAUUCCUGAGGGAACAUCCGAUGUCGAAGGUGAAGGUCAGCGGAGAGCGUGACUGGUGGGACAGGCUGCAGCUGAGCCUGCCAGAGCAAGGCAAAUACUACCUGCAGGUUCCUCCACCACCGGAGUUCGCAUCCCGCAAGAAAAAAGUCAUCAUCAAAAGCUACCUUCGGUGAGUCUCAAGGCCGUCUGCUCCACACUCUCUAUUUGUUUCUGUGAGUUUUACGACAUGCCCUGGUUGCAGCAUGAGUGUGUCCUGCGCUCUGUGCAAGUGUGUUGUGUGUUUCUUGUAAUAAUAAUAUUGCUUUCCAAAGGGAAAUCAGACAUGUAAUCUUUGUGGGGGUUUGCUGUUUGUUUGGAUUUUGUUUUGUCCAUUCAACUACAAUCGUUGUGCUUUUAUGCAUGCAUGAAAAUGCAAGUUGGGUUGUCGUCAUGUAACAUGGCUUGUAUGUUUGCAUUGUGUGAGGUGAGGGUGAACUGAAAUCUGUUUGUGAUUUGCAACGGUUAAUGUACUCUGUCAACGUAUCGUUGUACUUGUCUUGUGAGCUCACUCUUGUCUUGUGUGCCGAGUACGUUCCGACCUCGACCUCGACCUCUCCCUGGAGCCCCAGCGAGGCUGUGUGCAGCGUCUCUGCCACUGCCAUGGAGAACCAAGCACCAGCGCUGCGGCAUCUGUAUUCUGUGGCAAGAUCACACGCUCCUCAACCUCAGGGGGGCAGCCUUUUACAAGAAAAUAUGCAUACACACAUCAAUUGGAGCUAAGCUGGAAAUGAAUGUAUGAAAGCCUGAAAAGCAGGCGACAUUAUUCCCGUUUCACUUCACACGACAGCAUCCCUCUCAGCUUUUGCCAACACAUAGUUUGCACGGCCAAAUCAUGUGCA